AUGGAAGAAGAGCCCCAAGCCACGCCGAAGUUCAACUCCAAGCUGAGCCGCGCCUCCGUCAAGCGGCGAGGAUCUUCGGCACCUGCCGGGCCGACGCUAAGCGACAUGGCUCCGUUGCUUAGCCAAACGCUGGAGAUGGCGCGCCCUCCCGUCAAGAAGUUUCUCAAGCACGGUCUCGACACGCCGGUUCCCGUGAAGAGGCUCGCGCGUCAAGGAACGACAACGGCGUUUUCUAACACCACGUACGGCUCUGUCCGUGCCACCGGAGCUGAGACGGACGAAGCUGCGGUCGAGAAACGCGAGCAGCUGAAGCGGCAACUGGAGCUGUUCUUGCUUCCGGAGAAUCCGCUGCUGUCUUCGGCCCUGCUUCGCGAACCGCCCUUAGACGAGCAGCACCAGCAAUUCGCCUGGAUGAUACACCCCUGCAGCAAAUUCAGGGCUCGCUGGGACAUGACGAUGGUGCUUCUGGUGUUGUCCAACGUGGUGCUGAUUCCGGUGCAAGCUACCUACUUCGGCGGCGUCGACGACGAAGUCUUCCAGUGGAUGCUAUUCAGCCUCGUAUCAGACGCCGUAUUCGCCUUCGACAUCGUCUUCAACUUCAGGACCGGUGUGAUCGUGGAGGAGGACUACGAGCGCGUGGUGAUGGACCCGAAGUACGUGGCUCGCAGCUACCUGCACGGCUUCUUCCUCAUCGACCUGGUGUCCACGCUGCCGUGGGACUACGUGCUGGCCUUCAUGCUGGUCGUGUUCCAGCACGAGGUCGACGAAGGGGACACCUCGUUCACCAUCACCGUGCGCCUGCUCCACCUCACCAAGUUCCUCAAGCUGCUCAAGCUGCUCCGCAUCACCAGGCUCGUCCGGUACCUCGACAACGUCGAGCAGAACUACUUUUUCUACUCGAACGGCGUGUACCUGCGGCUGACCAACUACAUCGGGCUGCUGCUGCUGAUAGGCCACUGGAACGCGUGCCUGCAGUUUUUCGUCGACAGGAUGCUGGGCUUUCCUCCUGACUCGUGGGUCGCCAGGCAAGACCUCGUGGGCAAACCCUGGUUCGAGCAGUACUCGUGGUCCAUCUACAACGCCAUCUCGCAGAUGGUGUCGUGCGGCUACGGGCGCACGCCGGCUGCCAGCGUGGCCGACGCGUGGUUCAUGUGCCUCGGCAUGGCCUCCGGCACCGUGGGCUACGCACUCCUGCUCGGCUUGUGCGCUUCCACCAUACAGACCAUGGACUACUCGAGACGCCUGCUCAGGGAGAAGCUGAAAGAAGUGGAAGACUACAUGCAGUGCCAGAAGUUCCCGAACAAGCUUCGCUCUCGAAUGCGCGACUACUUCGAGAACCGCUACGAAGGUCGCGUCUUCGACGAGGCCAAGAUCCUCGCCUCACUCUCGGACCCACUCAGGGAGGAGAUCGUGAACCACAGCAUCCGGACGACGGUUCGCACGGUGCCCUUCUUCGCCCAGUCGGAUCCGACGUUCGUCGCGGAAUUGGUGUCGCGGCUGCGGAACGAGUUCUUCCAGCCGGGAGACCUGAUCGUCAAGCAGGACACCGUGGGACACAAGAUGUACUUCCUGCAGUCGGGAAAGGUGAACAUCGUCCAUGACAACGGAGUAUUCGUCGCCAGCGCCUUCCCCGGAGCCUACUUUGGAGAGAUGUGCCUUCUGACUCGGGCGCGUCGGCAGGCGAACGUGGUGGCCGAGACGUACUGCAACGUGCUGUCGCUGUCUGACGAGGACUUCCAGCGGGUGCUCGAGAAGCACCCGCUCAUGCGACGCGCGAUGGAAGCCCUCUGCGCCGAACAGGGGACCCAGAUGAACCCCGCGGCCCUGACGUCAUCCCAGCCCACUGACCCCGUUUACUGA